AUGGAGCUGUGGACGGUUUUCGAUCGGACGGACGUGGCAAAAGCCAAAUUAAAUGAUUAUCGACCGAUAAUAAUCGAGACAGGUGUUUUAUCAGCUACAAAUGGAUCAGCUCGUGUUCGAUUGGCCUCAACGGAUUUGUUGAUUGGUGUUAAAGCGGAAUUAGCUGUUAUUGAUAAUAUGAGUGCUUAUAAAAAUUGCAUAAAUUUUUAUGUUGAUUGCUCGGCAAAUGCGACUCCACUUUUUGAAGGAAAAGGUGGACAAGAAUUUGGUGAGGAAAUCGCAUCAGCUUUAUAUGCUGCAUACGAUAAUUCUUUUGCCAUUUCGGAUCUGAGCAAAUUAAUUGUAUCUUCUAUGCAUGCCUGGAAACUUUACGUUGAUAUUGUUGUACUACAAUGUGGAGGAAAUGUCAUUGAUGCAGCUGGACUCGGUUGCAAUUAUUAUUUUUUCAUGUUCAAUAUUGUUUCAAAACCCAAAUCAAUUUUCCAGGUAAAGGCUGCUUUAUUUGAUACGCAGAUAUGUGAAGUGAUUACUCGUCCAGACGAUGAAGGUAAAAUAACGGUCGAUCUUCCGGAGGAUAUUGUUUUAUGGAAGUUGGAUGUUUCUAGGGCACCCUUAUUUGUUGGUGUAAAUAAAUUGGGUAGUGCAAAUGUUGUUGAUCUUUCUUUGCAAGAGCAAGCUUGUUGCCGUGCGGCUUUGUGGAUUGCUGUUUCACCCAUGAUCUCACUUGAGGAACAAGCUUCUUCCGAAGAUGGUGAUUAUCGAAUAUUGUUUAUUAGGCAGUGUGGUGGCGGAUCUUUACAGAGUGAUACAUUAGCAGAUAUCGUUUCAUUCGGUAUACAAAUUGGCAUGCGAUUGCAACAUUUAUUAGCCAGAUAUUUACUUGUUUCCAUGGAGGAUUUUUAA